CCGAUGUUUCGAUCGGUCUGUAACCUACGUGAGCGUAUGUUACCCACAUUCAACCCCUGAUUAGAUUUGAAUCGCGGGAGUAGUUCGUGCACACGUAAUGGUGGCACUGCGGUACGUCGCUAUCACAACAUCGUGGAGUCGAAACCGACGAAAAGUUGAUCUUCGAUGCCUCAGUCCCUCAACGUUUCAUGCACAGAAUACCAGCUGUAAAAAUUGCCUUAGAUUUGACAUUGUGGCAGUUUCGCUCCGGAAAGAACCUAGAUAGUCGUACGAAAAUAAACGACACAUAACUAUAUAAUAGAUAUAUCAAGAAGAGGAGGGCAGAAGUAGCACAAGAUACUUUUGAGAUCGUUCUCCCUGUCACUCGUCUACUACGUUAUACCCCCUACUCACAUUUUUUAUCUUUAAAAAGAAGAAUAACACCAAAAGGUCUUCCAUGAUUUCGCUACAGUCUCACAACCAGGUGCUCUUUCACCUCACUCAAUUGACAGCGGCUUGUACUCCUCGACGUCGUGGCCUAGCGGUUGGAGCUAAGGGCAAUGAAAAGCGCAACAAUGAGAGAAACGCCAUUUGCUAUGAGAGCCUCGUCGAGGCGGCUACGAACUGCACCGAAUUCCCAGUGAAGAAAAUAAACCCGCAACAUUUGGGCACUGUUCUCCAAGUAAAUAGAAAUGAAUUAUUGGAAAUUUUAUCAAAAAUUUCAAACGGCACUAGUGCCAGAUUUAAAAGCGAUAGUAAUAAAUGGAGGAUCUCUUAUACAUCGGGCAACAGUUUUGACGAAAACAAAAGGAUAAGCUUCAACUAUCAACAAAAUCCAUACCAGUAUAAGCAUAAUCUGUGUACAACGGCGCCAUUCUGCUUAAAUACCAUUACUCGAGGAUUUAAAACUGAACAUAAUAUCAAGGCUGAAUUGGACCGCAAUCCUGGUCUUUCAGCCAGAAUCAGACGAUGGAUGGGAAGGUCUACAGUGGAUUAUCAGGUUGAGAAGGUCCAAGUACCUGGUGGCACGAUUGAGUUAUCGCAGGUGGAUAACCUGCGAACUUUGCUUAAUGAUACACCGCUUACUACAAGCGAACAACAGCGUAUUAAAGUCGCAUUCGUCGAAGGCUACUUGGCAAAAAAUUUGCGAAUCCAUCCUACGCGUCCUAAAAAAUGGAUCAAAGUAUUACAAUAUUUGACAUUGAUUACAUUUAUUCUUACGGCUGGAUUGCUACUUCAGGUAAGUACCAGCGGUAGCAUGUUUAGAUUUCCACUGGGAAAUCAGAUCGAAGUCAGUGCCGAUGACAUCAACGUCACUUUUAACGACGUCAAGGGGGCUGACGAAGCUAAACAAGAACUCAAAGAUGUUGUCGAGUUCGUAAAAUCUCCUGACAAGUUCUCGGCACUCGGAGGCAAACUGCCCAAAGGAGUUCUGCUCGUUGGACCCCCGGGCACAGGAAAAACUCUGCUGGCUCGCGCAGUUGCUGGAGAAGCUGGAGUUCCCUUUUUUCAUGCAGCCGGUCCCGAGUUUGAUGAACUUCUUGUUGGUCAAGGUGCCAAGAGAGUCAGAGACUUAUUCAAGGCGGCGAAAGAAAGGGCUCCCUGUGUUGUGUUCAUUGACGAGAUCGAUUCGGUAGGAGCAAAGAGGACGAGUUCCUUCCUUCACCCUUACGCAAACCAGACCAUUAAUCAGUUGCUUACAGAAAUGGAUGGCUUCCAUCAGAAUGCAGGAGUCAUAGUUCUGGGAGCCACAAAUCGACGAGAGGAUUUGGACACCGCUCUGUUGCGCCCGGGUCGAUUUGAUGUCGAGGUUUCAGUCCGAACUCCUGAUUUCACUGGCCGAGUGGAGAUUCUCAAUCUAUAUCUUGGGCGAAUAUUGUGUCACGAUAUCAAUGUCGAGGUACUGGCAAGAGGAACGACUGGCUUUACUGGGGCCGACUUAGAAAACAUGGUAAACCAGGCUGCUCUGCGCGCAACUAUAGACGGCGAAACCUCUGUUAGCAUGAAACACAUGGAACAAGCCAGAGACAAAAUUCUAAUGGGAUCAGAGCGGAAAACGAGGAUACCGGACGAGCAAAGUAACCUCAUAACGGCUUAUCACGAAGCCGGUCACACGAUUGUUUCCUAUUACACCGAGGGUGCUUAUCCAUUGCAUAAAGUGACGAUUCUUCCCCGUGGAGAAAGUUUGGGACACACCGCUUACCUGCCAGAAAAAGAAAUGUAUUACACCACGAAACAAAAUUUGCUCGCUAUUAUGGACACAUGUAUGGGGGGACGAGCUGCAGAGGAGUUAAUUUUCGGAGCGGAAAAAGUUACCUCGGGUGCAUCAAAUGAUUUGGAAAGGGCCACGAGCAUAGCUGUAAGUAUGGUAAAAAAAUUGGGGAUGUCAGAGAAAGUUGGACUAAGAACGUAUUCCGGAAACGAUUCACCUCGUAUAACAGUCAACGAAUUUAGCGAGUAUUCACAAGAAUUGAUCGAUCUGGAGAUUAAAAAAAUAAUGCAGGACUCAUAUGGUCGUGCCAAAGCGAUACUGAAGGCUCACGCAAAAGAGCAUAAACAGCUGGCGGAGGCUUUACUUGAAUACGAAACGUUGGAUGCAGCUGAAGUAAAGGCCAUUAUGGAGGGGCAAAACGGUCCAGAAAGACCGCCCAAAAAACCUAAAACUGAGUCACCCAAAAACGUUAAGUAAUAUUAAAGGAUAAUAGUACACAAAAAUAUUGUACAGAAAUUGAAUUUUUAUUUCUUUUUUUUCUUCACUCAGCUCCAACGUGCUAGAUCUUUACUGUAUUUUUCAUGAUUCGUUAGUCAUUCACUUACGCUCUGUCAAUAUCUUUGAGGGAAUUUUUGAACUUGUAUCAUGAACAAUUGUUACCGGACUAAGCAACGUUUCGAGCGUUGUCCGUCAAUAAACAAAUAAACGUAUCCUA